AUGAACCAGCUGCAGAGCAAAUACCCUCGACGGUUGGUUGUGCUGGGUUUCCCUUGCAACCAGUUUGGCUACCAGGUAAGUGACCUGGUUCAUUCUCUCUUUGGCCAGCCUUUAUUGGCAAAAGAUGGCUCCAUCUCUCAGCCUUAUACAAAGUCAGACCAUCUGGCUCAGUAUUGCUGACACUGACUGGUGGCACAGCGGCAGUCCAAACCUUUAGACAGGUGUUUCCCAGCCCUACCUGGAGCUGCCGGGGAUUGAACCUGGGACCUUUUGCAUGCAAAGCACAUGCUCUUCCACUGAGCUACAGCUCCCCCAUCAAGUAAGCCCAUUCUCUUCAAUACCCUAUCAUCAUUCCUUUGUGGAUCCUAUGUGCACUUGUUUGAGAAGUGAGGGAUUGCAGCCCCUAUUAACUUAAUGGGGCUUUGCUCCCACACAGGAGGGUCAAGCUGCAUGUGUAUUGUGUAGGAGGGAUAAUUUUACUUAUCCGAAAGAUUCCUGGACUGUGACUUCUGAAUAACUGUUCAAUCCUGCAGGAUUCUCAGGAGAAGAGAAAAGCAAAGUGCCAGGUGAAUAAAAUUCAAAUACAUUGUUCAGAGACAAUUCAAUUGCUAUAAAUUGACACUUAUUCUGGCUCUUCUGUUAAGAGACGCACAUGUAAUUUAGCAUAUUUACGACCCUAUAGUAUUGCCACUUUUAAAGGCAUCAGAAAGGCUCUAUUUAGAACAAAAAUGUAGAAAUUUUUAAGAGAAUGUCUGUGUACACAGCAUACAUUUAAAGCACAUGACUUCUCCCAAAGAAUCCUGGGAACUGUAGUUUGUUAAAGGUUCAGGGAAAUGUAGUUCUGCCAGAGGAAACUUUGGAUCACUCCUUGAUUCCAGAGAAAGCCAUUAUUAUCUACGCCAGUUACAUUGUUUUUACUAUUCCUAUUAUUACGGUAUUUUAUUUAUGACACUCCAUCCACCCUACAGUCUCAGGGGGGUGUUAAAAACAGUUUAAACUUACUAUUACAAAAAAUGCAAUCAUAAAAACUAAUAAAAAGUAACAAAAGCUCAUACAAUUGCUUAUGUUAUAUUUAGAUUUCCAAUCUUUCUGCAUUAUAAAUAUUAGAGGCCAUUUUCUUUAAAAAAAGGAGGGGGAGAUGCUUGAUUCAAGAAGGCGUAUACUAUCCAAAUAUUGACUUAUACUUUCUUCUGCUAUCAACUUAGAUACACUGAUUAUUAUUUUUUUACUUUAGCUUUUUAGUUUUUUUGAGCUGCUUCGUUAUAGGUAUCUAUUUUUUCACUAGGGAUCAGUCAGGAGUUUAAUUCAGUCACCGUUUGUGAUCCUGACACUACUUGCAUCAGUUCCUGAGCUUGCCCUUAAUCCAUAUGAAGAUUUCUGUUGCCCAUCAUGCCAGGUGCCCAGAAAGGAAAUUACUUGUCGCCAGUUGUUUGUUCUGGGAUAAACUUUGCUAGCAAUAAUGCAUGGGCUUUGUGCUAGCACACUAAACACAUGACUUUGUCCCUUUCACUGCAGGCAGCAGAGGAGGUGGUAGAAGUAGCUCUCAUCAGUCUAGGAGCCAGCUAUGAGGAUUUUGUAAGGAUGUUUGCAGACAUGGGAGCAAUUUGCAACAGGACUGUUUGUCUCGCCAAGGCUGCUGCUACUUGAGUGUAAAUCCCCCUGAACAAUGAGUUCCUGCUGAGUAAACAGGCACAGGAUUGUUCUAUAAAUUGUAAAGUGGCAGACAAACCUAAAAUAGGUAGCCCUGAGUAGAAUGACAGAACUGAGAAAGACCUAAGGUCAUUGCCAAUCCACACUCUCAAACUGUCUCUGUGCUGUCUCCAGCAGGCAGCUCCUUCCUCAGUGCCAAACACUGAACACAAAGGACCUGAAUAUAAAACAAAUGCCAUUGGCCAGCCUACCCAAGGAGAAAAUAUUCUUGGCACUGAACCACAAAUGCACCACAGUUAUUUCCACUUGUGGAAACCUAACACCCUAGAAUAGAGAUAACAAGUUAUUUUUCCCCAAGAGCCACAGUCACUCUUGGCCAAUCAUCUGGUGGCCUCAUGCUGCAGAGGGGCAAGCCACUUCUCUCUCACACAUGCAACCCACACUCCUCACCACCCCAGAUAGGAUCCAUAUAAGAAGGUUUGAAAACAGGAGAUGUGUUCGUAAGACUUUUAAAAAUAAAAAAAAGGUUCACUGCACGUAGCACUUGACAGAAUCCAGCCAUCUUUAGAGUCAGUAUUCUACAAUUCCAGAAAGACUUCUAGAGUCUAGUAGCGUCUGUGGGAGGGGGAUACUGCAAUAUGCUAAAAGAACAGAAAAAUCAUCUCACUGGUCAAAAUGAAGAUGAUUCAAAACCAAUUAUUGCUUAUAAACACAUGUAUGAAACUCUUGCCUUGAAAGCAAUGAGUGUCCUUGUUUCUCACAUCUGUUCUAGGGAGCCAGCCCCAGAAUGUUGUGCAAUAUCCUCUUGUAUGAGCUUCAGCCCCUACAAGGAAGACACUUUCACAUAAGUCAAACCAGCCAUGCAUUUGAGCCUAGCAGGAACCAAAGCAAGAUUGCAUCCAAAGUGCUCUGCUGGUGCUGCUAAGCGCAGCAGGGAAUAGACUGAGCUUGACCUGUCCCAAUGCUCAUUGUGCUUCCUGCUUCUCUCCAUCAGGAGAACUGCACGAAUGAAGAGAUCCUCAAUAGCCUGAAGUAUGUGCGGCCUGGGUCCGGAUUCGAACCCAACUUUACCCUUUGCCAGAAAUGCGAGGUGAACGGCAAGAACACCCACUCUGUCUUUGCCUACUUGAAGGACAAACUUCCUUACCCAGAUGACAACCCUUCCUGUUUCAUGAUGGAACCGAAGUUCAUCAUUUGGAGCCCGGUGCACCGCCAUGACAUCUCCUGGAACUUUGAGAAGUUCCUGGUGGGGCCCGAAGGCGAGCCUUUCAAGCGCUACAGCCCCCGAUUCCUCACCACCAACAUCGAGCCCGACAUCCAGCGCCUCCUGAAGCUUGCCAAAUAA